AUGGCUGUUAGCGCCUGCGCCUUCGCUGGGGUGGUUGUCAUGGUCGGCGGGAAUAUCCCCGGAAUCACACACGACGAAAUCAAGCGCUUGAUUGUGACAUGUGGUGCGGCGUUUGAAGAGCGUGACAUCGCUAUCUGCACGCACAUGAUUACCUCGCAUAGAUACGUCGAGGAACCAGGCGGCAGCUCUCUCAAAGUCCGUGUCGCUCGAACCCUUCCCAACUGCCAAAUCGUCAGCGUCGAUUGGCUAGUAGAGUCGGUGCUAGAAAACCGGCCUCUGAACGCAGUCGACUAUCUGCUUGUGGCGGCAGAAAACACAAGCGUGUUUUCAGAGAAUCGCUCAGACACUCCUCAGCUUCCCGUAGUUCCCAGAACAAACCUUCAAAUCUACCAUGAAAGGUUGAUUGACCUGGUAGAUGACCGAUUUAAUGCAAAGGGUGCUACGGUUGCUGUUUGGAUGGAUGAGCAAGGCGUUCGGUGGGAUGCCUUCUUGAUCAGCGGGCUAAAGAGGAAACUUACCCUGAAUCCCGACAUCAACUUUCCCAAUCACCAAGUGUCUACCUAUCGCAUCCAGCUGCUUUACAAUUUCGAAUUCCGAACGUACCGUAUCUGGUACCGUGAAGUGGUCAAUCAAGUCGAAAUGAGUGAGCUCUCUGACAAUGAUGAUUUGGAGAUCGCGAGGCGGGACUUUGAACAUCGUUUCGAGGAGGUCACUGGCGAAUCCUGGAAGGAUCACUGCAUGCUUUCCCAAGACACUCUGGAAUGGAACCCUAGUACGGAGCGGUACAUCUUUUUCCAGCCAAAGCAUGAGGACGAGUACAGGGCCGGAAAUUCCUUGCCCGAGCAAGACGACGUGAUUGAACGUUUGCCACGCGAGGUGUCUGAGCUGAUCAAGCUCCUAUUUGGGCCCGGACCUGGAGACCAUGCUUCAUCUUUCUACCGGCACAUUCUCAAGAAUGAGAUCAGGUCAUGUUAUAGCCUCAACCUUGACGGUUUGACUCUACGCAUUGCCGUCGAUCUCCUGACUAAGUUGGUGAAUUGCCUGGAGAAGCCCUUAGCAUGUUCAGAAGCUCAAAGCCGGUCGUCUGAGAGGCUGCACAUGCAGAAGGCGAGAUUCAUGAAGGAGAUGUAUUUCGGUCUCCUUCGGAUCGCCAGGCGUUCGGUCUCAACGCCGGAAGCGACUAAUCUUGAAUGGGCCCGGCAAGAGCUUCGGAACAUUGAGCUGCUACUAAAGCUUCGACUUUGUGUAGAGCAGAAACAAAGAGAUGGGCAUUUACCCAAAGAGAUUGCGCUCAAGGCAUUCCGUACACUUGAGUUUGAAGAGAUCAAACGUGUGAACAAGACCACUCGCGAAUACACUCACCUCCUGCAGUAUCUGAAAAAUUCCAUAGGUGCUCAUCACCCGACAGACUAUGAGAAUUCAGUGGACAUCUUCCGCAUUUCACGCCGCGGUGAAGAACAAAGAUACAAUGUAUGGAGAACAAAGAAUCGUGACAAGCUCAGUCAACGGCUUUUGCUCUGGCAUGGCUCGACAAGUGAAAAGUUCAUUGGCAUUCUCAGUCAGGGGCUUCGAACUGGAAUCUUUGAGAAAUCAAACAAGGGUAUGUUUGGCGGGGGUAUAUAUUUUGCUGACAUGUCCGGCAAAUCUGCCCAGUAUUCUGCCAGCUCUUUCAGCCAGGGUUUAUUGCUCCUUUGCGAGGUUGAAGUUGGAAAAGAUCCCCUCUGCCUGGUGAACUGCAAUCAAAAGGCAUCUGCUGUGAUGCGUGCUGAGCACAAAGUCGGCGUCUUCGCCCAAGGGCGUGUGGGUCAUAAAGCCUGGAUGGAUGCUAGAGUGGUUCGACAAAGCUUGAAUGGCAUUUUAAUGCCAGACACAUCAAAGGGGAGAGUCAUGAAUCACAAUGCUCCAACCCUGGCGUACAACGAGUACGUGGUCUAUGACCCCGCCCAGGUUCGACAACGGUACCUAUUUCAUUUAGUCUUUAAAGUCUCCAGAUAG